AUGGCCAAGAAUACACAAGUGUCCGUUACAUUAAUUUCCAAGGUAGAUUCAACAUUCAACUGUCAAGAGUUUCUCAAGGCUCGUGCCAAUGAAAGUAUGAUGGAAGGUGGCACGAAGGAACAAACUCAGGACAAUCCGUCUAUUUUUACCGGAGCACCAUCCGUAACACGACCAUUCCGUUUGGAUACUGGAGGAUCACAAGAAACGGCUCAAACAGUAAUGCCAGUUGUACUAGACUUGAACGUUGGAGAUUGUGAUGCUGCUAGUAUAGAUAAUCAUAUUAUAGAUAUUGUUCAUCCUCAUGUUGGUGGCAUUGGAUUUUGUCGAGGAGAACCUCUAACUAAUCGUGGUAAGAAGGUACAGAUGCUGAAGAUUUUAUCCCUAACUCUGCUUCCUAUUCUUGGUUUAUGGGCUUUCACUGUGUACAGUUUAUCUGACAGUAUUCAAGGCAAAACAGCCAUUGAACAGACUCAGUAUGCAGUAAAAUUUAGUGUAGAAUUGGGAAAAUUUCUUGAUAGACUCCAGAGAGAAAGAGACAUGUCCGUCCUGUAUCUAAGUAUCCUUGGUCCAGAAACUAAAACAUUUAUACUAAAUGAAUACCUUUUGACCGACCAAGCGCUGAAGCAGUUGUCAAAUUGGCCCGUGAAAGGUGAUCAAAACAGCAUCUUCACAACGAAGGACUCCUUCAAGAACUACCUCAGUAACCACAGAGCAGAACUUGACCCUAACAACUUCGAUAUCUAUGUUGAGAUGGAGUUUUAUUCACUGUUGAUUGAGAGAUUUGUCGAAUGGAUGUAUGAAGCUAUUCGAGAAUCCAACAUGGCUUCGAUUUGGAAGACAUUGGUAGCUUAUCAGAAGAUCGUAACUGGAAUGGAACACGUUGGUAUUGAACGUGCUUUGGGUGCCGUGUUUUAUGUCGCUGGUGGUUUUCCAAAACAGAGUGUUUAUGAAAGAUACAAUGAAAAAGUUCAUGUUUACAAAGCCAACUACCAAUCUGCUGUACUGUAUUCUAAAAUCGUUGAUCCUAUUUUUCAAGAAGGUGUAACCAGCAGUGGGACCAAUUUAACCUCCGUGAUUGAAAAGUUCCGGUUUGAGAUUCAGCAUACUCUAUCACGCGAUUUUUCCAUAACAAAAGGACAAUGGUGGUUUGAUAAUAUGACGCUUUACCUAGAUACUCUGUUAGUCAUUCAACAAGAUUUAGCCACUCUGAUUAACGGCAAAUUAGAAGAAAUUAUCAACGAAGAAGAGCGAAAUUUGAUUAUUAGCGCUGGUUUACUUGUAGUUGUUAUCUUGAUGUGUCCUCUAGUCAUCUACUCUGUUGAAUCUCUGACCAGUGACAUCCAGAAAUAUGCUUUGACUCUUGUGGAGAAGACUAAAGAACUGAGCAGAGAAAAGAAGAAAACUGACACGUUGCUUUAUCAGAUGGUGCCUAAACCAGUGGCCGAACAGCUUAAACUCAGACGAGAAGUAGAUGCUGAAUAUUUCAAGUCUGUGACGGUGAUGUUUUCGGAUAUAUUCGGGUUUACUAGGAUAGCUAAUGAGUGUACACCAUUUGAGAUUGUAGGGUUGCUGAAUAGCUUGUACACAGCCUUCGACGAGAAGUUGGAUAACCACGAGGUUUACAAAGUGGAAACAAUCAACGAUUCUUACAUGGUGGCUUCAGGCUUACCAACGAGAAUUGGAAACCGCCAUUCUUUAGAAGUAGCGGCCUUGGCGUGUGAAUUAAUGGAUAUGACAACACACAGAGCUUUCUCCCAUGAUGCUACUAGAUUUAUACAGCUGAGAAUUGGCAUAAAUACAGGACCCUGUAUGGCUGGUAUUGUUGGAUUAACUAUGCCUAGGUAUUGUUUAUUUGGUGAUACGGUUAAUACAGCAUCGCGGAUGAAAAGCUACGGACAUCCCAAUAAAAUUCAUGUGAGUUCCAGCACCUACAAAUCUCUAAAGAAACAUGGCGUAUUUGUGAUGAAACAUCGUGGUAAUAUUGAAGUUAAGGGUAAAGGCUCUCUCAAGACUUACUGGUUAAUUGGUCGCUCUGAUAAAAUGAGUUCAUCUCUUCUGGACGAGAUUGAAGAUGAAUGUCCUAAAACAAGUGGAAAUGAAGAGAUGCCGGGAGAAAUUCUACCCAAUUCUGGGGCACCGUUCGCAGGAAAACUGACCAUGUUUAUGACAGGUUAUCAGGAAGCAAUUCCAACCGGAUAUGACGUCGAUGAAAGCAAACCAUGUUCGUCAAGCACGGGUAAGACGCCGGAAAAGAAAAUGUCUAAAGCUGUGAAGAAGAUCAGUCAAACAAUGGAAAGCACUGAGAAAAUUGAUAUUUCGCAAUUUUGUUAA